AUGCGCCACGAAUGUUGCUCUCAGAUGGACAACAGAAUACGAGCGCUUUACUGCCUUCCAUGGUCGUACGAGGAGUUACAGGAAUACCAAGAGGUGUGUACUCCGUAUCGUUGUCAUACCCACGUCGAGUUUAUGCAAGGCGAAUAUCAGUUGACGGAGCCCGAAGAUCGGUGGUCCUGGAAUACCACCAAUACCCAGCGCACACAACAAGCACAAUACCACAAAAUGGGACAGGCACCAUCCACGACGUCUGAGAACGAGAGGACCGAAGGGAACGCCGCUGAAGAAGCAGACCAUGUCAACGCAGAGGAGGAACUAAACCACGGCGUGGGAUCUCUGAUCCGCUACCGGCUGGUCCGCCUGUCUGCGAUCAGAAAAUGGACUCGAUGGAAGAGAUACCAGGAUUUAGAGCCCGCAGACUAUGUGGAAUAUUACCCUAUCCGUCUGGAGCUGGAUCUGGGUGCAGCAUUCAUCAACCCCGAGACAGGAAGUGAAGAACAGCUCAAUGUCGACGCAAAUGAUGCAGAAGGCAAGACAAGAAGAAAAAUGUAUUUUAUUUCACAUCGCUGGCUAACCCAGGUGCAUCCGGAUCCGGAUGGAACGCAGUUGAGAAGGGUGCAGCAGCUUCCUCCCCGACCCCUGGGCCAUGAUUCAUCAUCUAUAGGUGAUGCUGGUAGUUCCUCCACGUCAACAGUCGCAGAGGCCACCGACCCUAGUGCACAGCAUGACCCUGCAUCCAAUAUUUUAAUCUUCUACGACUUCUGCUCCCUCCCCCAAGAACCUCGCACGGCAGAAGAAAACGACACCUUCAAACUGGGAAUCCUUGGUUUGAACAAUUUUCUCUACUAUACGCGUGUCGUCAUCCUUGACGACCACGACUACAUGUCCCGAAGCUGGUGCUUGAUGGAAUACUUCAUCAGCUCCUUCAAAGGAAGUCUGAUCCUCGACGAGAAGCGAGAUGAUAGGAUGCACUCACUACAUCAACUUGCUGUAAUCCCAAACCGGAGAGUUCGUGAAGCGAGGUCAGCAACUGCUGAGACAGAGGCUAUCCGGGCAUCCAAAAUGGGAGAGAUCGCCAUGUCAUUCUUUGCCGAGAGCUUUCAGAAUAGUUCCGUCACCAAAGGCACAGAUCGUGGAGCAAUCGAGGCCGUUUUCAAAAGAUUCAUCCAGGAUAAUAUUCGUGCGUGGCGGCACGAGGCUGACGUGGGAUGGAAGCCUACCUGGUUGGAGGAAGACCAGGUUGACCGGAUCUUAAGAGGUGAACGUCUCCGUUUGAUUCAACUGCCGGAGACAAACCUGCCAGCGCCAGAGAUGCCAGCGGAGAUUGAGAGCGUUGUCCCGCAAGCUGCUUAUGAUAAUGAACACGACGCGUUGGAGCCCUUUUGGGUGAUAAUGCGGAUUCUUAGAGGAGUCAAUGCAUUCACGCGAUAUCUGCUUCUCAAUGACCCCGUGAGCAAGAAAGACGACGAUAUGCUGAAGAAAACCAACAUGAUGUAA